AUAGUAUUGAACAUAUACCCAAACGGACCUGCAAUUUAAAUAAAUAAAUAGCCGCAAGGUGCUAGGUUUUGGGAAUCGCUGGGAGACAGCAAUACGAGCGCAGAAAGAGGGCCUCAAUCUAGGCGCUUUAUCUCUCUUCGUUUUCACUUCUAUCGCUAGGGUUUUUUUGUUCCUCUCCUCAUUCCUUCUUCAGCCAUGAGCGACGCCAAAGACGCCCUCGAUAUGUCCGAUCUCCGUGCUGCUUUGAAUUCAGAUGAUAGAGCUGAUCUUGUCAGUGCUCUCAAAAAUAAGCUUCAGGAUCUUACUGGGAAACACUCGGUUGUGCUUGAGAACUUGUCUCCAAUUGUAAGAAAGCGUGUUGAUGUCCUCAGAGAGGUUCAGGCUCAACAUGAUGAGCUGGAAGCAAAAUUCAAUGAAGAGAGGGCAGCACUGGAAGCUAAGUACCAGAAACUUUAUCAACCACUAUAUUCAAAGAGAUAUGAAAUUGUAAAUGGAGUUGUUGAUGUAGAAGGGAAUGAAUCAGAAACUCCUGCAGAUGGAGGAAAUGGAGUCCCUGAUUUCUGGCUUACUGCUAUGAAGAAUAAUGAAGUGUUGUGUGAAGAGAUCACAGAACGUGAUGAAGGCGCUCUUAAAUAUUUAAGAGACAUCAAGUGGUCCAGAGUUGACGAACCUAAGGGAUUUAAGCUUGAAUUUUGCUUUGACACCAACCCAUUUUUUAAGAAUUCUGUUUUGACGAAAGUGUAUCACAUGAUCGACGAAGAUGAACCAAUUCUAGAGAAAGCGAUUGGGACUGAGAUAGAAUGGUAUCCUGGAAAGUCCUUGACACAGAAAAUACUGAAGAAGAAGCCCAAGAAGGGAUCUAAGAAUGCUAAACCUAUCACUAAAACUGAAAAGUGUGACAGUUUCUUCAACUUCUUUAGUCCGCCUCAAGUUCCAGAGGAUGAAGAUGACAUUGACGAAGAUGCUGCCGAGGAGCUCCAAAAUUUGAUGGAGCAGGACUAUGAAAUUGGGUCAACAAUUCGAGACAAAAUCAUUCCACACGCUGUGUCUUGGUUCACAGGUGAGGCUGUUCAGGAAGAGUUUGAAAUAGAUGAUGAAGAUGAUGAGGAAGAUGAAGACGAUGAGGAAGAUGAAGAUGAUGAGGAAGAUGAUGAAGACGAUGAUGAAGAGGAGGAUGAAGAUGCUAAGCCCAAGAAGAAGUCUCCUGCUACACACAAGAAAACCGGACGGGCACCUGCAGUGGAUGGCCAGCAGGGUGAGCGGCCUCCUGAGUGCAAGCAGCAGUAAAGAAGUGUCUCAAGGCUGGUUCUCCUGAUUGGUCUGAAGGGAAUGGGAUGGAGAAUUGGCUUAGUUGGUGUGGUGGUGCUUUUGUUGGCUUGAAGGGACAAAAUUUUGAUCUGUUUGCAAAUCUUGCGUGAUAUAUUAUUUAUUACUCGUAUGUUUGUAUUGUUUUUGCAAGUUACGUUACUAUUAUUUUGUUGGGAUUCAGAAAAUAGUUUGGUCGUCUCUUGUCAUCUCGUGAAGUAAAUUGUCUUGUUGGAGUCGAUCUAAUUGGAACAUUUGUAUUGUAGCUUCAUACUCUUAAUCCCUUUACUCCCCCAUUAUUUCAUCCAAGUGGAAUUUCGCUUCUUUUCUGAAUUUUAAGGUAUUAUUUUGUAAAAUCAAGUAAUCAACGUUGCUCCGAACUUGAUUUAUUCCCAUUUUGCAUGUGUUGCCCGAACAAAAUUAAUGAGUUAUUACCUACUCAUUAUAAGUUGCAGCAGUCUGGUUCUUGAUCGGUUUUCGAUUGCUUUGCUCUGGUAUGGAAAUUAUUACAUAUUGGAAGUGAAUAUAUUAUAAAAGGUGACAGGUUCUUGCUAGGCUAUAAGUAGAAUAUAGUAGAAGAGUCCGGUUUUGGACAAGUUAUAGUGUUAUACCGUGGGAUAGGGAUGGACUGGUUCCAGGCCGGGCCCGGUUCGGGCCUUGAACCGGCCGGGCCUUGGUUCAAGGUAGGGGAGGCCCGGAACCGGCCCGGGUUUGGUUUGGGCCGGGCCCGGUUCGGGUUUUUUUUUUUUUUGGGUUUUCCUAAUCAACCCCCUACCCUCCCUCUCAACCCCAAACCACCUCAAAUGGCCCAAAAUACCCAAUCCAACCCAAAAACUUAAAAAAAAUUCAAAAAAUAAAAUAAAAAAUUUAAUACGGCCCGAACUGGGCCCAAACUGGCCGGGCCGGUUCACCAAAAUGAAGGCCUGAGCCCGGAACCGGUAGCCAACGGGCCGGGUCGACCCGAACUGCCCAUGGGCCGGGCUGGGCCGGACCGGUUCAAACAGUGACCGGGCCGGUUCCGGUUCGGGCCGCCCGGCCGGAGUCCAC